AUGUUUCAAAAAAUUGAAUUUCGAAGUAUCGAACGUUCACACCGUAUUCUCGAGCAAAAAGGCUUGGAUUUGAUCAAAAUCAUCACAACUGAGGACAAAAAAAUUUUUGAUUAUGUCUUGCACUCAUUCGUGGGCAUCGCAGCGAUUCAAAUCGCCCUCGUAGAUGUCCUGAAAAGCUUGAAUAUCGUUCCUGAUCUCAUUGUGGGACACUCAGUUGGUGAAUUGGCAUGUGCCUAUGCCGAUAAUUGCGUCACGGCGGAAGAAAUGAUCCUUUCUUCGUACUAUCGGGGUUUGGUAAGCAUCGAAACGGACGUCAUUCAUGGCGCUAUGGCAGCUAUUGGGAUGGGUUACGACCAAAUAAAGACAAUUCUACCGCCCGGAAUCGAAGUUGCAUGUCACAAUGGUCCCGAUUCGUGCACAAUUUCCGGUCCAGCGAAGGAAAUUUCCGAUUUUGUGAAUGAAUUGAAGGCCAAAGGUGUUUUCGCGAAGGAAGUUGCUUGUGCGAACAUCCCGUAUCACAGUCGUUACAUCAAACAUAUGGGCCCGAAAUUGCUUUCGCACCUGAAAAAUGUGAUAAAAACCCCGAAACAACGUUCCCGCAAGUGGCUCAGCUCAAGCGUUCCCAUGGAUGACUGGCAUAAAAACCAUGCGCAAUUCAAUUCGGCCGAAUAUCAAGUCAACAAUCUCCUAAGUCCCGUUUUAUUUGAAGAAGUUUCGCAAAUGUUACCCAUCAACGCGAUCACCAUCGAAAUCGCGCCUCACGGAUUACUUCAAGCGAUUUUAAAAAAAUCUCUGCCGAAAGGCAUUCAUGUUCCAUUAACGCAACGCGGCAACAGUCAAAAUGUCAACUUUUUCCUCUCAGCCAUCGGAAAAUUGCAUCUUUACGGUUUGCAACCGAGCAUCGAGAACCUUUACCCGGCUGUUCAGUUCCCAGUUUCCAUCGAGACGCCCAUGAUUGGUCCCUUAAUUCGUUGGGAUCAUUCACAAAGUUGGUUGGUGGCGACUUUUAAUAACGCAAUCGACGCCAAAAUCGAGCAUUCGUACAAUAUUAGCUUGGUUGAGGAGGAAUACGCGAAUAUUGCGGGUCAUAGAAUUGAUGGAAGAGUUCUCUUUCCCGCGACGUCCUACGUUAUGUUGGCAUACAAGAGUUUUGCAUUGAUGCGGGGUAUUCCGUGGGAACGAAUGAAUGUGGAAAUUCGGGAAAUGAAGUUUUUGAGGGCGACAGCCAUUCCGCCAGAUACAGCGGUGAAUUUGUGUGUUACGUUCCAAAGGGGAUCCGGAAAAUUUGAGAUAACGGAAAGUUCAACUCCUGUCGCUUGUGGCGAAAUCCAUAUCAUCGAGGACCCAAAUUUAUCACCGUUCGUGCAACCAGACAACGAUUCCAUCACUUUAUACUCCAAAGACAUCUAUACAGAGCUCCGUCUUCGUGGUUACGAGUAUUCCGGCGACUUCAAGUCUCUAACGGAAGCCCGUAUGGAUGCCAAAGCCGGAAAAAUCGCAUGGCUCAACGAUUUCGCGCCAUUCAUCGACUGCAUGCUCCAACUAACUCUCCUCUCGAAAGACACUCGAUCUUUAUAUUUGCCCGUGAGCAUCGACAGCAUCAAAAUCGCGCCCCAAAUCCACGAAAAACUCGUUGAAAAAUCCGUCUCGAAAAAUCUCGAAGCGACUUACAACGAAAUUUUGGAGCUCAUCAAAGCUGGCGGUGUCGAAAUCAAAGGUUUGCAUGCAAAAGCAGUCAAUCGAAAGCGCGAAAAAAUGGUUCCAGUGUUGGAAACUUAUAAAUUCAUCCCGCAUUUCAGCAACGAUUAUUUCACGUUGGAAGAGGCAAGUCACUGCAUCGUUCAACUUGGCUUGGAAAACACUUUCACGACAAAUGUGAAGGUCUACGAGCUACAAGACGGCAUCAACGAAUCGAUUGUCGAAGAUUUUGUCAAGCCAUUAUGCGAUUUGCCGUUAAUUGUGUACGAAACAUCGUCCGAUUUGUUGUCAGAAUCGCCGGUUUCGCCGCAAAAAAAUAAUUCUUUCGUUAUUUGUUCGUACAUGAUAGCCCAACCGAAGGUCAUGUUGCAUGCCCUGAAGUUCAUCAAAGACGACGGCUUCAUUGUGUCACGCGAGGCGACGACAAUUAACGUCGAAGAGCUUCACAUUCCGAAGGAAGUUGCUCUCAUAAGUGCUUUUAAAACCUUAAAUGAGACAUUUUUGGUGUUCAAACCCGUAAUUGCCGCUCCGGUGAGAAAAUCAACAAAAACUGUGAAAGUUUCCUUGAUUGACAGCAACUACAAUUGGUUGUCAGAGACCCAAAAAUGGCUCAAAAAAGAUCAUCCCGUGAUGUUAUAUGCCCAAGGAGAGCCCCUCAGCGGAAUAAUUGGCUUAGUGAAUUGCAUUCGGAAGGAAAUGACCGCGGAUCAAGUGAAAUGUUGCUUCAUUGAUGACGAAUCAGCUCCAAUUUUCGACCUGGAACACCAAUUUUACCGAAAAAACAUCAAAUUAGCGAUAAAUGUCUUGAAAAACGGCAAAUGGGGCACUUACCGUCACUUACCACUCGUGCUCGAGCAUCCGAAACAACCCACGACGAAACAUGCGGUCGUCAACACCGACACUGCUGGCGAUCUCUCGGCCCUCCGAUGGUCCGAAGGUAAUCUCAACUUUGAAAAUUUGCAAUUUGACCCUGCCGUUGUCGUAAAUGUCAAAUAUUCCGCCUUAAAUUUCCGGGAUUGCAUGUUGGCGACGGGUCGUUUGACGAGAGACUCCAUUUCGUUCGGGUUUAAUCGCACCGGACAAGAAAACGUCAUCGGAUUGGAGUACGCGGGCGUGUCAGAGACGGGCAAACAUGUUAUUGGGAUCCUGCCGUCGCGCGCAAUUGCGACAAAAGUCAUCGCUGACCGGAAUUUGAUGUGGGAAGUUCCGAAACAUUUAACGCUGGAGGAAGCAGUGACGAUUCCCAUCUGCUAUUUGACCGUUUAUUACGCCUUUUUUGGCGUCACACACAUCCAGAGGGGACAAAAAGUGCUGAUUCACGCGGGAACGGGCGGCGUUGGCUUGGCGGCGAUUUACACGGCACUCAAAUACGGCUUGGAAGUGUUCACAACAGUCGGCUCGGAAGUAAAACGACAAUUUUUGCUUCAGAAAUUUCCGCAGCUCAGCGAAAGUCACAUCGGAAAUUCACGAGAUACGAGUUUUUAUGAGAUGGUAAUGAAAGGCACGAAUGGCGAAGGAGUUGAUUACGUUUUAAACUCGUUGGCGCAAGAAAAAUUAAUUGUUUCCGUGAAAUGUCUCGCAAAACGCGGCAAAUUCUUGGAAAUUGGUAAAUUUGACUUGGAAAAUGACACAAAACUCGGUUUGGCGCCAUUUUUGAAGGAAAUCUCGUUUCAUUCCGUGAUUUUGGAUGCUUGGAUGUUCGGGUCGACCGCUGAAAAGCAAACUGUUUGCAAGUUAAUUACGGAAGACAUCAAAUCCGGCGACAUUAUGCCUCUUCCAACGACUGUUUUCGCCGCCGAUGACAUCGAGCAAGGGAUGCGCUUCCUCGCUUCCGCCAAACACAUUGGAAAAGUCCUCAUCAAAGUCCGCGAAAGUCACGAAAAUGCCAAAUCUCUGCCAAUUACAGUUUAUCCGCGCGUUUUUUGCAAUCCAGAACUCACGUAUGUCGUCGUUGGGGGGCUUGGGGGUCUCGGACUCGAACUUUCCGAUUGGCUUGUGAUGAGGGGAUGUCGAAAAUUGGUCCUCAGCUCGUCUCGGGGCAUUACAAAGCCCUAUCAAUGUUACCGGAUCAGCUUGUGGCGAUCGUAUGGCGUGCAAGUAGUCAUUUCCACAGCUGAUAUAACGACAAUGAAUGGCGCCACGGAGCUUCUUGAGGAAGCAACUCGCUUGGCACAAGUCGGAGGCAUCUUUAAUUUGGCGGUUCAACUGAAAGACGCCACUUUUGAGAAUCAAUCUGUCACGCAAUUCCGUGAAAGUAUGGCACCAAAGGCCUUUGCAACGAUUUUUCUCGAUGAAAUUUCGCGAGUUUUGUGUCCGAAACUGCAUUUAUUUGUCGUUUUCUCAUCCGUGUCAUGUGGGCGGGGUAAUGCGGGGCAAUCCAAUUACGGCAUGGCCAAUUCUGUGAUGGAGCGGGUCAUGGAGCAGCGUAAAUUUCGAGGAUUUCCCGCGAAAGCGAUUCAAUGGGGCGCCAUUGGGGAAGUUGGUUUAGUGGCUGACAUGCAAAAUGAUAAAAAUCUCGAGAUGGCAAUUGGCGGAACGCUGCCUCAACGUACAGCAUCGUGGUUGGAAGAGCUCGACAAGUUGCUUACAUGCCCAGAUCCGAUCGUUGCCAGUAUGGUUGUUGCCGAAAAAAAUGUCAGCAGCGAAAAAUCCGUUGAUAUUGUGGAAGCUGUGAUGAAUAUCAUGGGCAUCCGGAGUCAAAAAACCAUCCAACUUGAUACAAAAUUCUCGGAAUUGGGCUUGGAUUCGUUGAUGAGUGUCGAAAUUAAUCAACUUUUAGAGCGAGAUUAUGAAAUAUCGCUCACGCCACAAGACCUAAGACAACUUACCUUCGUUAAAUUGCGACAAUUGGCGGAUAAGGAGACCAUAACUGACGAAAUUCAAAGCAAUAAAUCGCAAGAAAUGGGUCUGCAGCUCAUGCAAAAGAACUUGGGAGACGAAAAAUCGAGUUUAAAGCCAAUUUUGCGUUUGCCCAACUUGAACAACAACGACAAUGUCGAGAAAUUUCUCUUCAUACCCGGCAUUGAGGGUGUUUCUGGUGACAUUUGGGAAGCAAUUGCCUCACAAAUCAAUCUUCCGGUCCAUAUUUUGCAACUUCGUAAGACAAGUCACAUGAUCGAAGCUUCCCAAAUUGCUGAAACCGUCAUCAAAGACAUCCUCAAGCACGUUUUCAACGAAAGUCGCACUUUUCGCAUCGUUGGAUACUCUUUUGGAUCGAUUGUGGCACUCGAAAUUGCUCGCAUUCUCGAAGAUCUCGGCAUGCAAGGCACAAUUACGCUCAUUGACGGGUCUCCGGCUUAUUUGAAGAAGAUUUUGUACUUUUUGAAUGACAACAAGGCCCUUUCCGAUGAAGAUGUUAAGCGAAUUAUGGUCAAUAUUGUCGGUGGAUUGUUCUCGUUGAAAGACGUGACGGUUGAUACGCUCGAUUGGAACGAGUUUACGCGACAAAUGAUACUAAAAACCGCGGAACAUUUUGGAUUUUCCGAAGAAUAUUGCCGGGAAAUCGUUGAUGGGAUGAUGUCUCGUAUAAAAUUGAUGUCGAAGAGCGAUGAUGAACCGGUGCGGGGAAAAAUCAAGUCGGAUAUCGUGCUUGUGCGACCAACGGAAUCAACGUUAAAUGUCAAAACGGAGGAUUAUGGAUUGAAAAAGUACACGGAAGGAAAGGUGGAGGAAAAAAUCAUUCAAGGAAAUCAUUCGUCGAUGUUGGAGAAUCCAGCGUUGGUCGAUAUUAUCAAUGAAAUGGAAAAUUUUGUAAAGUAA